AUGGGUGUUACUGGCCUCUGGACGGUUGUCAAACCCUGUGCCAGGCCGAUCAAGAUAGAAACCUUGAAUCGAAAGCGACUUGCUGUUGAUGCAUCAAUAUGGAUAUACCAAUUUCUCAAGGCAGUUCGUGAUAAGGAAGGAAACGCGCUUCGAAACGCGCAUAUUGUCGGCUUCUUCCAGCGAAUCUGCAAGCUACUCUAUUUUGGUAUCAAACCUGUCUUCGUCUUUGACGGGGGUGCGCCGACUCUCAAGCGACAGACGAUUAUGUCUCGGAAACAAAGACGAGAAGGAAAAAGGGAAAAUGCGGCCAAAACUGCUGGAAAAAUUUUGGCCGUUCAAAUCCAGAGAAAAGCUGAGGAAGAGAUAGAAACACAAAGACGCAUGAGAGCGAACAAUCUUGAACCUGAAGAACCACUCCCGGACCAUUUCGUGUAUGUGGACGAGCUGAAUAUGACACCCGAAGAACGACAGAAAAACAGGCAGUUUCGCAAGCAGGAUGCUUAUCAUCUUCCCGAGUUGGAUGUUUCUCUUGCUGAGAUGGGUGCUCCCAACGAUCCUCGUAUAAUGUCACAUGAAGAACUCGAGGAGUAUGCACCUAGAUUAAGAAGUAGGCUUCGAAUGGGCUAUUCGAAGGAACAGUUGGACAAUAUGUUUCCGGAUCGGAUGGCUUUCUCCAGAUUCCAAAUUGAACGCGUAAAGGAGCGGAAUGAUCUAACGCAGAGAUUGAUGCACCUUAGCGGCAGUAACUCUAGAAUUGCUGGUGAGAGAGGCAAGGAGUAUGUUCUUGUGAAAAACAGUGGGGUAGAAGGAGGCUGGGCAUUGGGAGUAUUGGGAAACAAGGACGAAGGUCAACGUAACAAACCAAUUGAUGUUGAGGAGUAUGGAGAACAACUACUAUCCGAUGACCACAAUGCCUUGGAAAAUGAGGAUGAGGACUUUGAGGAUGUUCCUAUUGAGGGGCUUAACAGGCUGCCUAAGUUACCAGUGUUUGAUAGAGGCGUCUUCGAUAAGAAAUUUGGCGAGCAUUCCAGGAAAGUCACCCAUCACCGAACGAAAGAAGUAGUUGACAAAUCCCUCGACCAGACGAAUUCAGAAAAAGAUACACUUUUUGUUCCAGAAGAAGCUUCUCGAAGCACAAUUGAUCAUGAUACCCUUCAUAAAUACUCGAGAUUCCAAGAUACCUCUGACAACGACGAUCUCCUCCGCGCAAUGCAAAUGUCCCUGGAAACAGACAACGAUCAAGCCGUUCUUCAAUUAGAUGUGUCAUCGUCGUCUGAUAAAAAUCAGGAAAUUAGCAAGGUUGCGAUUGGCGAGGAGGAUGUUUCGGAUAUAGCUGAUGACGAGGACAUGAAUUUCUUUGCUGCGUUGUCUAAGUCUAAAGCAAUGAAUAUCAAGGCCAAUGCUCCGAUUUCGAAUCCUUUCGACGGACCACUACCUUUUGAACCUUUGAAAAUUCGCAAGCCAAUCUCUUGGGACAAGGUUAUCGAUGUAGCUGGGUCCUCAGAGGAACCCACAUCGAAUGGCCAGAGGAUACCACAGGCUCUCCCGCCAUGGUUCGACAUAAAACUCACAGAGAAAACACUUCUAAACCAAGACCCCGGCAAUGAGGUUGAUGGGGUUGAUCCAACUAGUGAUGCAAGACGAUGUGAUGAUACUCCUAAGGAGGGCGAAAUGAUCAACUUUAACGUGGGUGUUGCUCGGGGGAUUGAGAUAAACGAGCUUGAAACUGCAGGCAGAGAUAACCAAGCGCAUCGCGUUCCGAUUCAGUCGAAUACUUCCAAUUGCAGAACCUGCCAUACACCAGUCUUUAGCCGCGAACCACUUGCAAACACGUUUUCAUCAACCCAGGAGCAUAUGGAACCAGAGGGUAUAGUUGAACAAGAGGCUGAUAAUCGCGGCUCCGUCGAGAAUAAUGGGGAAGCUUACGAGUGGGAACCCACAUACCGCAAGGGCGUACAGAACGAGAAAUCCAAUUCCAAAAUGAAAACACAAGAAGCAAUUUUGCCUCCAAGCCCAGAUUUUGAGGAUGCCGAAAUCUACUGUCCUUCUGAGGCACUACAGACAGCACCUCAUAUGUACAAUUCCUCAGAUGACACAUCCCGACUCCACAAUUUUACGCAAUAUGACCACGAUAGUGAUGACUUUUCAGAUCCUGAGGAUGACGAAUUAAUACACCAACUUCAGAAAGAAGCUGAAGAGCAUGCGCGAUUUGCAUCAACUCUCAACUCGAAAAGUCAGGCUGAAAAUUCAUUCAAUUAUGAGCAGGAAUUGAAGCAGCUUCGUUCCCAGCAAAAGAAAGCUCAGCGAGACGCCGAUGAAGUUUCACAUAUUAUGGUUUCAGAAUGUCAAGAAUUGCUCAGACUUUUCGGCCUUCCUUACAUCACUGCUCCAAUGGAGGCUGAAGCGCAAUGCGCGGAAUUGUUGUCCUUGGGAUUGGUGGAUGGCGUCGUGACUGACGAUAGCGAUAUUUUCCUCUUUGGUGGCACUCGUGUUUACAAGAACAUGUUCAACCAAGCCAAGUUUGUGGAAUGUUAUAUUAGCAACGACCUUGAAAAGGAAUACAAUCUGGAUCGAAAUAAGCUUAUUCAGUUUGCUCAUCUGCUGGGCAGUGACUAUACUGAAGGGAUACCUGGAGUGGGUCCUGUUAGCGCCCUGGAAAUCCUCACUGAAUUUCCAACGUUGGAAGAUUUUAGGGAUUGGUGGUCUCAAGUGCAAAUGGGGGCCAAACUCCCGGAAGACAGCCACUCCAUUUUUCGAAAAAAAUUCAAGAAGAAUGUCACGAAGUUAUUUUUACCUCCGGGGUUUCCGGACAAACGCGUCGAUACUGCAUAUCUCGAACCUAAGGUGGAUUCCGAUCCUUCAGCCUUCCAAUGGGGCGUACCUGAUCUCAAUGCUCUACGCCAGUUCCUAAUGUCCACUAUUGGAUGGAGUCAAGAGAGGACCGAUGAGGUGCUUGUUCCUGUUAUUCGUGAUAUGAACCGCAGAGAACAGGAGGGCACUCAAUCGAAUAUCACCAACUUCUUUCAAGGGCCUCAGGGAGCGGGUGCGUUUGCUCCACAUCGACGACCUGAUGGGAAGAGCAGGAUGGAGAAGGCGUUCAGUCGGUUAAGACACCAGGCUCAAACGAAGCAGCGGGGCAGUGGGCCCGUUCUGGAUGAAGAUAAAGCGCCCAAUCCCUCUGGUUCUAAUCCUUCAACGAAUCGCAAGUCCGGCAAAAGAUCUCCAGAUAAUGGUUACCCUACAUCGAAUGAUCGUGAAAUUACAGGAGAUAAUAAAAGUGACACAGCCCACAAAACGUCAAAGAAGCAAAAAACAACAACGAAACGACAACGAUGA